AUGGUUGACUACGAACGCCGUCAUCACGGGCCUAAGGGUGGCCGCAAAAGGCGCUAUAGAGAAGACGAUGACUAUGAUCGACGCCAGAGACGCAAAUACGAAGAACCUUUGGUGGCGAAGGUCCGAAGACAGCUAUUAACCAUUGCGGAAUCUGCCGCCAGAAGAGCCGAAGACGAUGUUGUAAACAUUGCAAAAAGCGUCGCCGAUAAUUAUGAGGAUGAGGAGCUGAGACAGACUUUUGUUGCUAUCUCAGUUGACCUUGCCCUAGAGCAGCCGCUGAAAAUCCCUUUUAUCGCAGCGACGGUCUUGUCUGCCAAUCUCUACAGAUCAGAGCUUGUGUCCGAUGUCCUUACAAAAGCGAGCGAAUACUUACAACACUACAUCAACAAUGGGGCGUGGCGUGAAGUCAAGCUUCUUCUCCGACUUCUUGGAUGCUUACAGAUAUUGUAUGAAGGAGAUGGCAUCUUCCCAAUCCUGGAAGAGCUUUUUGAGCGUGCCGUUGUUCUGCAGACAGCCUCUUCUGAAGAUUUGCUAGGACUGGAACUCGUGAAGAUAAUUCUCUUCACCAUUCCAUACAUAAUGGCUUCUCCGAUAACAGGUUUUGAGGCUCAGGCAAAUGCCCUUCUUGAAAAGACAGACAUCAUUGCAUCGACCCCGCAUGCGUUGGUGGAAUUGGUUAAUCCGUUUAGCCCCGAACAUGACACUUCAUCUGCUGCACAAAGCGUUAUUAGCCUGCUUCAAAGUCAACUCCAGCAGGAAGCCAGCCGGAAUUGGGAACUCGCAUGUCUUCCUCGACCGUGGAAAGGUGGACGCGACAAUGAAGAAGAGCAGAAACCCUUGGAUUCCGGCGCAAAGCAUGCAUUCCCUCAAAUAACUGUGCCCGACCCUGUACAAAAUGGAUCCAGGGCGAUUUUCCCUGAAGUUUACAUGUCCGUGUAUUCCAACCAAGAGGUAGAAACUGUCCCUCCAACGUCGGACAUUGCAUCAUCUCUGCUGCGGGACGCUCUUGUUGACACGAUCAACAUCCUCGACUUCAAUCGUAUUGCCACUGCCAAGUAUCUCAUUGACAUUGACUGUUACUUUACGCCGCAUACUUUCGUGAAGCGUGCAACCCCCUUCGACAGAUUACGCGAUAUCUCCGGAGACCGCCCGACGUGGAAGCCCGAAGACGUGGCCGUGGAUGCAGUUUUCUCUCAAUUAUUCCAACUUCCUUCCCCGCAGCACAAGCUUGUGUACUAUCACUCAGUUCUCACCGAGUGCUGUAAGAUUGCACCGGCUGCCAUUGCUCCGAGCUUGGGGCGUGCGAUUCGUUUUCUCUAUCGCAGCUUGGAAACGAUUGAUCUGGAUUUAAGCCAUCGAUUCUUGGAUUGGUUUGCUCACCAUCUAAGCAAUUUUGGGUUCACAUGGAAAUGGAGUGAAUGGAUCGAUGACCUUGAACUUUCCUCAGUUCAUCCAAAGAUGGCCUUUAUAAUCGGCGCGCUGGACAAGGAGAUCAGGUUAAGCUUUGCCCAGCGUAUUAGAGGUACUCUUCCAGACCCUUAUCAAGAUUUGAUUACAGAAGGCAAGGAGAAGGAUACCCCCGACUUCAAAUACUCAUUGGAUACCACACCCUAUGCCAACGAAGGCACCGAAAUCAUGCAGCUCAUCCGUAAAAAAGCAACUGAUGACGAUAUCCUCCCAAUAAUUAAUGCUAUUGAAGAGCAAGCUAGGGCGAUGGGAGUUGAAGACCCUAUGCUACCUUCAACAGAUGCGUUCGUCACGGCAAUUUGCUUCGUUGGGUCAAAAUCACUUUCUCACGUACUGUCUUGCAUUGAGCGAAACAAAGAACGGCUUCUGGCUAUUGGCCCCAAGUCCACUCGUGCACGUCGCCAGAUUAUAACCUCUGUCAUGGAAUAUUGGACCGAUCAGCCAGGAAUCGGUAUCAACAUCAUCGACAAGUUACUGAAUUACACAAUCCUAACGCCACUAUCCGUCAUUGAGUGGGCACUGGUAGACAAGCUCGAGGCCGGGACGAUUUUGGCAAGAACACAUGUUUUUGAGAUGAUAUCAGCCACUGUGGGAAAGGUCACCAACCGUCUGCGCCAAAUCGUUGCGGCACGAACUCAGCCAGGUCUGUAUGAGCCACAGUUGAGUGUUCUAGAUGAAACCUUAAACCGUGAGAAGGCAGAUAUGCAGGCGCUCUUCAAGGUAAUUGAAGAUUCGAUUAUGUCAGUCGCCGAAGGUCACAACGAUGAAUUGAUGGAAAGGGGUGACGGAAGUGGUGAGCUACCAGAGGAUGAAAUCAUCAGACAAUGGGGAUGUCGAUGGCUGAGAGCGUUCAGGCGAAAAGCCGGCGUUGAGGAAUCAUUUAUCGCUGAAGCCAUGGCCACUGCAACCCCUAUCGGAACAACGGCGCCUCCGCCCCAGGAAGGUACCACGGCUAUAGAUGGUCCAGCAGAUGGAGAUCUAGACGUCGCGGAUGCAGAUGGGGCUGUGGAUGUCUCAUGA